AUGACAGAGUCUGUGAGCCGUCAUAUCGCUAUCCUUGGAGGAGGCGUUAUUGGUUCUUCCAUUGCAUAUCAUAUUACAUUACUCAAUAGAGAUCCUAAUUUAAAAGUAACUGUUAUAGAGCAAACCGCAAUUGCCAGUGCCGCUUCUGGUAGAGCAGGAGGUUUUUUAUCUUAUGACUGGUGUGACGGAGGUCCACUUCAAGAUCUUGCACGCAAAAGUUUCAAGUUGCAUGCUGAACUUGCUAAAACUUUAAAUGGUAAAAAACGGUACGAUUAUCGAGUUGUUGAUACUUUAUCAGUAACAGCCUCGAUGAAAGCUGUAAGCGUUAAAGCACCUCCAACGGACUGGCUAAAAUCAGGAGUAAUUACAAAGUAUAAACAAAUUGGUACAACAAAGACAACAGCACAACUUCACCCAUAUAAAUUUACUCAAACGUUAAUAGAAGAAGCUGAGUCUAGAGGGGCUCAAGUUAAAAUUGCACGCGUUGAAGGACUAGAAUUUGAUGCUUAUAAAGUGUCAGGAGUUAGACUUUCUACAGAUGAAACUAUAUCUGUCGAUACAAUUAUUAUAGCGAUGGGUCCUUGGAGUGGGGAAGCUCUUUCAUGGCUUGUCAAAAAAAGUGGUCGUGCAUAUCAACUUCCGGAUGUUUCCGGUCAAAGAGCUCACAGUAUUGUAAUAAGACCUUCAGUACCAAUAUCAGCACAUGUUUGUUUUGUAUCACUUAAUCUUGGUCGUAAAUUUGCCGAACCAGAAAUUUAUCCUCGUCCAGAUGGUGAAGUUUAUAUUUCUGGAGAAUGCGAUGAGUCACCACUUCCACCUAGUGCUGAUCAAUAUGUUCCAAAUCCUACAGCAAUCAAAAAUCUUAAAAGCAACAUAAAUACUCUUUCUCCCGAAAUCUUGGGUGUUGCACCUGUUAUUAAAGAAUCAUGUUGUUAUAUGCCUAUAUCUGAUGACGAUAAACCUUUAAUUGGUAAAGUUCCUUGGCUAGAUGGAGUUUAUCUUGCAACUGGUCAUUCUGUCUGGGGAAUUUUAAAUUCUUCAGGUACAGGGCGAGUAAUUGCAGAAAUGGUUUUAGAGGGCCAAGCAAAAUUCGCUGAUCAGGUUCUUAAUUUAACUACAAAAGAAACAUUCUCAAGAGAUUUUUUUUUUUUUUUUUCAAAAAAAGAAAAAGCAUUUACGACAAUUCCAUACUUUAUAAUUGAUAUUAAAUGA